CUCUGAUGCGGUGCACCCGCUCUUCACCCGGGCUUCCCAAACCACUAGCAACUCCAAAACUUCUCCAGCUCUCCUGCCGGGCUGUUCCCUCUGAGCUGCCUGCCGUCGGCGCGCAAAAACAGAAGUCGGUGACCAGGGAAGCAGAGAAGAGGCGGUGGUCCCUCUGUGUCCCAGGUCCUGAGGGGUGCAGGACAAGAAACGAGAGCCCCCCGCCCGCCACGCGCCAAUAUGCAGCCGCCCUGGGGCUUGGUGCUUCCUCUGCUGCUCCUGUGGGUGGCAAGUGGAGUAAGAACCAGUCCAAGGGAUUACAGGUUGCCAGAACUAGCACACCAGCCUGGGAUCUGUCACUAUGGGACUAAGAUGGCCUGCUGCUAUGGCUGGAAAAGGAACAGCAAGGGAGUAUGUGAAGCUAUGUGUGAGCCCAGAUGCAAGUUUGGUGAGUGUGUGGGACCGAAUAAAUGUAGAUGCUUUCCAGGAUAUACCGGGAAGACCUGCAGUCAAGAUGUGAAUGAAUGUGGAGUCAAACCCCGGCCAUGCCAGCACAGGUGUGUGAAUACACACGGUAGCUAUAAAUGCUUUUGCCUCAGCGGCCCCAUGCUUCUACCAGAUGCCACAUGUUCAAAUUCUAGGACAUGUGCUAGGACAAACUGCCAGUACAGCUGUGAAGACACAGAAGAAGGACCACGGUGUGUGUGUCCAUCCUCUGGCCUCCGCCUGGGCCCAAAUGGAAGAGUGUGCCUAGAUAUUGAUGAAUGUGCUUCCAGCAAAGCAGUCUGUCCUUCCAAUAGAAGAUGUGUGAACACAUUUGGAAGCUAUUACUGCAAAUGUCACAUUGGUUUUGAACUGAAAUAUAUCAGUCACCGAUAUGAUUGUAUAGAUAUAAAUGAGUGUGCUCUGAAUACCCACAUGUGCAGCCUCCAUGCCAAUUGUCUCAACACCCAAGGAUCCUUCAAGUGCAAAUGCAAGCAGGGAUAUAGGGGCAAUGGACUUCAGUGUUCUGUUAUCCCUGAAAAUUCUGUGAAGGAAGUACUCAGAGCACCUGGGACCAUCAAAGACCGGAUCAAGAAGUUAUUAGCUCACAAACACAACAUGAAGAAAAAGGUGAAACUUAAAAAUAUCACUCCGAGACCCACCAGUACACGCAUACCUAAGGUUAACUUGCCUUUCAGCUCUGAAGAAAGCAUUUCUAGGGGCAGAAACUCUAAUGAAGAACAAAAAAGGAAGGAAGGAAAGAAGAGAGAGGAGCUUGAAGAAGAGAAAGGAGACAAAGCCCUGAAAAAUGAGAUAGAACAGGAGUGGAGGCUUCGAGGGGAUGUGUUUUCCCCUAAGGUAAAUGAAGCAGAGGAUUUGGAUUUGGUCUACAUCCCAAGAAAAGAGCUAAAUUCCAAACUGGAACACAAAGCAGACUUAAACAUCUCAGUUGACUGCAGCUUUGAUCAUGAGGUCUGUGACUGGAAACAGGAUAGAGAAGAUGAUUUGGACUGGAAUCCUGUUGAUCGAGAAAAUGCUGCUGGUUAUUAUAUGGCAGUCCCUGCUCUGGCAGGGCACAAAAAAAAUAUUGGCCGAUUGAAACUUCUCCUCCCCAACUUGACACCCCAACGCAACUUCUGUUUGCUCUUUGAUUACCGGCUGGCUGGAGACAAAGUAGGAAAACUUCGAGUGUUUGUGAAAGAUAGCAACAAUGCACUGGCAUGGGAAGAGACUGAAAAUGAGGAUGGGAAGUGGAAGAAGGGAAAAAUCCAGUUGUACCAAGAGAUUGAUACUACCAAAAGUGUCAUUUUUGAAGCAGAACGUGGCAAAGGCAAAACUGGAGAAAUUGCAGUGGACGGCGUAUUACUGGUGUCAGGCUUGUGUCCAGAUGGUUUUUUAUCCAUAGAAGGUUGAGUGUCAUUGUCUUCCUUUAUAUAGCUUCAUAUGUGGCUUUUUAUGUCAUUUCUCUGUGGUUUCUUUUUAUAUCGCAUUAUAGGACUCUCCCAUUUAUAAAUACAAGCUGAAAAUGUAUAAUGCUCCAACAAAAAAAAAAUUAACAUAAGACUCCUUUCUUAUAUCAAAUGUACUAAGGCUUGCUUUAUAUAUAGCAUCACUGUGCCUUCUUGAUUGUUUCUGAAUGUUCCACAUUAUGUCACAAAAUGUGAAAAUGCCAGCUCAUCUCCCCCUACCCAGUAUAUCUGCUUUUGCUACAUGAGUUGAUUAAUUAUUCUACAUAACAUUUCUAGAAUAACAGCAACAUUUUAAAAAAAUAAGUACAGAUAAAUAGUCAAUUUUGGGGGGUUGGAAAGAUGACCCAGAGGUUAAGAACACAGGCUCCUCUUGCAAAUGACUCAGAUUCAAUUACCAGCACCCACAUGGCAGCUCACAACUAUCUGUAACUCCAGGUCUGGAAAAUCCUAUGCCAUCUUCUGGCCUCUGUGGACACCUGCAUGCCCAUAUGGACACAUACAUAAAAUAAUAAAGUAAAUCAUGUAUAAAUGUUUAAUUGUUUUAACUUUUAAGCUACUUCACGAAAACAAUUAAAUUAAACAUGGAUUUUUGCCUUAA